CCACUUGCUCCCUUAAUAACUGUCGCACAGAAAACAAAGAUGAUCCACAGUUCCCAGACAUCACAGUUUGUGCUAAGAUGUCUUCCACUGAUGCGCAGAGGUGAAUUUAGUCAAGAUGGUGCAGCCUGUCACCAGGGUCCUCAUGAUUUCCGGUGAGCUCAGGAUGUGGGUAGAGUGUUGGCUGUAGCUGAGACCGAGGACAGUGUCGAUGCAGUAUGGAGAUCACCGCACUCUGUCUACUACUUUCAGCCACACUGAGCAUCCGUCCUGACAAAUCUCAGUUCUUUCGGUAUGACCGCAUCUAUCUGAGCUGUGAUGCACUGCCGAACUCUACCGGCUGGACACUGAGGAAGCACAACUCCUCUGAGACGCCUGAACCCUGCGAGAAUGGCUGCAUGCUUGACGACGUCUACCCGUCAGACAGCGGAGUGUAUUGGUGUGAGUCUGAACAGGGCACGUGUAGCAACACCAUCAACAUCACAGUGACCGCUGGUGUCGUGAUACUGGAGAGCCCUGCACUUCCUGUGACGGAGGGAGAUGAGGUGACUCUCAGCUGCACCCACAAGGAAAGAUACUCAAAGAAUCCUACAUCAAAUUUCUCUGCUGCAUUCUACCAAAACAGUGUUUUCAUUGGUACCGAGCCUGACGGAAUCCUGACCCUCCGAGUGGUGUCCACGUCUGACGAAGGAUUCUACAAGUGUGAACACCCGACGAAAGGAGAGUCGCCACAGAGCUGGCUGGGUGUGACAGCGAGAGCUCAGACUCCAGGUGUCCCUCUUCCUGACAUGCCUUGGUACAGACUGGUGUGCUCCCUCCUGCUGUUCCUCCUCUACAAAGCCAAACUCAUAUUGUGUUUUUACAUGUGCUGCAGGCUGGCUCUAGCUCGAGCUGAUGCUAAAAGGAGAGCGUCUGAUCAUCGCGUACUGGAAUGAUGAAGAAGAAGAAGAGCUGUGAGUGUUUAUGUGCUGACCAAUAUGACUGGGAAGAAGGCAAUAUACUUAUUUUUGUAAAGUAACUUUUUUUAUUAGCUCUUAGAUACUUGAACAUGAUGCCUACAUGAUUUAUUUAAUAAUCCAUCUGCAUGCUCUGAGUCACCUGAUGAGUUUCAUGUUUAAACAGACAAAACUGUUAAACUGAUGAUGAGCUUAAUGCUGAAUACAUGGUAUUGUCUGCAUUUCCUUUUCCUUUAUACCAGUGUUUAUUAUCUGCAUAUGCUAAAUUACUAACUAUGAAAUUAAUAAAUAGACUUU